UAAAACAGGAUAUUUGCAAACAUUUUUGUAAAAAAUGAGCAGUUUCUUAAAGUUUUAGCUUAUGAAAUUCGAUGCAUCGUGAAUUACUGACAGUUUAGUGUUGUGUUAGGCUCAAGUUAUGUAAAGGAAACGAAAUAUACUUUACCAUAAUGAUUUCGUAAAUAUUCAUAAUAGAGCUGUAUUUCAUUACAAGAUAAAAGAACAUUUUAUAUGGGAAUAUUGACAACGUUCCGGUUGCAAGGAUAGAUAAAACAUUUUCUUUUCAAAUAUGUAAUACUGGAGUUGAAUAUGGGAGCAGAUCAGUCGCAGGCAACUUCCCAGGACUGGAAAUCUGCUUCAAGCAUUUACCAGUUUACUGCCAAAGACAUUGAUGGAAAUGAUGUAUCUCUAGAAAAAUACAGGGGUCAUGUAUGUUUGAUAUUGAAUGUCGCAUCUAAAUGAGGUAUGACUGUGAAGAACUACACUCAGCUUAAAAAAUUGCACGCCGAAUAUGCUGAGUCGAAAGGUCUUCGUAUUCUCCUCUUCCCCUGUAACCAGUUCGGUGGACAGGAACCUUGGCCAGAGGAAAAGAUUAAAGAAUUUGCCCAGGGAUACAGUCAUGGUUUUGAAUUAUUUAGUAAAAUUAAUGUGAAUGGCAGCGAUGCACACCCUCUCUUUAAAUACCUGAAGGAUAAACAAGGAGGGACUUUCGGAGACUUUAUAAAAUGGAACUUUACCAAAUUCUUAGUAAACAAAGAAGGAAUACCUGUUAAACGAUAUGCCCCUAAUGUUGAUCCUGAAACUGUAGCCAAGGACUUCAGCAAGUAUUGGUAGUGAUCUCCCUUCUGAUAUUACUACAAAAUGUCACUGUGAUAAUACGUUACUCAGUUGUGUAAUUUACGCGUUAAUGAAUGACACCUUGUUAAUGAAUGACACUCAGUUAAUGAAUGAUGCUCGAUCCUCAGCAGUAAGAAAUGCUACGUCUCAUACAGAGGCCCAGAUGUAAAAUAUUUGCUGAUAUUUCAUUCAUAUGUGUGCAGGAGAUUUUCAUCUGCUCUGCAUGAAGUGAAAAACUAGAAAAUUUCUGCUCUGCUUGAAGGGAAAAACUGGAAUUUUAUCCGCUCUGCUUGAAGGGAAAAAGUGGAAUUUCAACUUGAAGCAAACUGAUGUAUACUUGCUGUAAAAUGACAGGUUGAUAAAUCUCUCCAAGUAAACAUUAUAUUGCAGUCAAGAUGUGCACAAUAUUUUCAUUUAGUUUAUAUUUACUUUACUGUUUAACAACGGUUGUCAAUGUGUUGUAAGGAUACAUAUUAAAGAUCUGUAAAGUACAUAUUUCAUAAUUCCAUUUGUGUAAGAAUACUAGAUAUAAAAAUGUUAAAGGAGCACACCUCCAGAUUUGAUGUUAAUUUUUGUGGCUGUUGAGAAAAUGAUUUCAUUUCUUGGUACCGUAUAUUCCCUAAUUAAUACCCUGUCACACCAACCCAUCUUUAAAAAAAAAAAAACACAAAAAAAACACACCAUGGUAGUGUCAUAUUGUUUAAAUUCAUACAUUAUGUAUGAUUCUUAAUGUAUAUUUAUAAACAAAUGUAGAAAAAAAUGUUUUAAGGCUUUAAUAAACUUUGCAAAUAUUUUUUGUCGUCCAUAAGGUAUACCACAAAGCUUCAUAAGCAUAAGUUAUAUGCAACAGAAAUUUAAUGUAAAACAGAAACCUCGAUGUACUUAAUAUCAUACCCAUAACAUAUCAACUUGUUUUAUUUCAUUACUUCUUGAUAUUUUAUUGCAUAUUGUUUCUGUUUCUGUUUUUCUUGUUCAUCUGGAGGUAUGCCCCUUUAAAUGGGAAAUUUACAACGUUUGAAAUAUUUCAUUUAUAAACAGCUUGGUGAAAAAAUUAUGAAAAAUCAUACUACAAACAGUUCAUGCCCAUUCAGUGAAUCACUGAUCACUUGAAGUCACAAAGGAAAGAGCAAAAUACUUUAGUUUUCCAAUAUUUCAAGCAACUAAAUGUAGAAAAUGUAAGGAUAAUACUUUGGGACCAAAUGGCUGAGGUCCAUUUUAGUGCCCGGGCCUUCAAUGUCCAUUGAUCAAUGUUUCACUAAAUAAGGAGGAAUGAAAAUGUUACUGUGCCCGAAAUGGCUGCCAUUUCAUUAGAUUAACAAUAUUCAAAUGGCUGAUAUUGUUCAAUUUUCAUGAUUUUUCACCUGCUUUCAUAUUUGAUGAAGAUCUUCCAAAAUGUUAUAGU